CCCCCCCCAACAAAAAAGCCCCUACGUCGCCCUUUGUCUUCAUCGUCGCGCUGUGAGGAAUAAUGGCGCUUCUUAACGCGCCUGUGCUGGCCAAGUACGACGAGCAGGAAGACGCCUUCGUGGACUUCCUCAAGAACUUCAAAUCUUCUUCAGCAGAAGCUGCAGAGCAGCUAGAGGGACUCAACCUGAAUGCCGGCGACAGCGACGAGUAUGAUAUGCUAGACGACGCAGAAGAGUCUUCCGGAGGUGCGCGGAACUCCCGCUCCAAGCUGAAAUAUAUGGAAAUGUUGCAGGACGUCUCAGACCGGAUACGGUCCGAGAUAUGGAUAGAUUUGAAUGACUUGGACUCGUACGAAAAGAGCGCGGUGGAUCCUGAGCAGAAUCUCAAGCUCGUGGAGUCGAUCGAGCGAAACGCUUUGCACUACAUUGAGAUUCUCUCCAGAGCAGUAGAUCGAGUUCUACCUCCCCCAACGCGCGACCCUACCUUCAAGGAUGACGUACUCGAUAUCAUCAUGACCCAGCGGUCGAAACGCAACGAAAGGAUGCAGGAGAUGCAGGGAGAGGAUGCGCCACCGCCCUCGGCCAUAUUCCCGCCCGCUCUAACACGAAGAUAUACUCUCAAUCUGAAGCCAAGAAUACCAUCCGGCUCGAGCAGCCAGCGCAACAUGAAGGCAUUGGCCGUACGAAACGUCAGGGGCGAGCAUCUGGGCCACCUUAUUACGGUCCGUGGCAUUGCAACUCGAGUCUCGGAUGUCAAGCCGUCUAUCCUGGUCAACGCAUAUUCCUGCGACCGUUGCGGCUCCGAAGUCUUCCAGCCCGUCAAUGGAAAGCAGUUCACACCACUGGUCGAAUGCCCCUCGGAAGAAUGCAAGCGAAACAACACCAAAGGUCAGCUUUUCUUGUCUACGAGAGCGUCCAAGUUUCUCCCGUUCCAAGAGGUCAAGAUACAAGAGAUGGCUGAUCAGGUCCCCGUUGGUCACAUUCCCAGGCAACUUACUGUGCACUGUCAUGGCGCACUGGUCCGCCAGAUCAAUCCCGGAGACGUGGUCGACAUUGCUGGAAUUUUCCUGCCCACGCCGUACACUGGUUUUAAGGCCAUCCGUGCCGGACUGCUGACGGACACUUAUCUGGAGGCGCAGUACGUGAUGCAGCAUAAAAAGGCUUAUGAUGAUAUUGUCCUUGCUCAGCCUACACUCCGGAGAAUGCACGAGCUGGAAAGUACUGGCCAGUUGUACGAGUACCUUUCGCGGUCCAUUGCGCCGGAAAUUUUCGGUCACGUAGAUGUCAAGAAGGCUCUCCUCCUCCAACUCAUCGGCGGCGUCACCAAAGAAGUUGGCGACGGCAUGCGGAUACGCGGCGACAUCAACAUCUGCCUGAUGGGUGAUCCCGGUGUUGCCAAAUCGCAGCUCCUAAAGUAUAUCACUAAAGUGGCACCGCGUGGCGUCUACACCACGGGUCGUGGAAGCAGCGGGGUUGGUCUCACUGCUGCUGUAAUGCGCGAUCCGGUCACGGACGAGAUGGUACUCGAGGGGGGUGCGCUCGUCCUCGCCGACAACGGCAUGUGCUGCAUUGACGAGUUCGACAAGAUGGAUGACGGUGACCGUACCGCCAUUCACGAGGUGAUGGAGCAGCAAACCAUUUCGAUUAGCAAAGCGGGCAUUACGACAACACUGAAUGCCCGCACUUCCAUUCUCGCUGCCGCUAAUCCCCUCUACGGCCGAUACAAUCCCCGUAUCUCGCCAGUCGAAAACAUCAACCUCCCCGCUGCCCUUCUCUCCCGCUUCGACGUCCUCUUCCUCAUCCUCGAUACUCCUACGAGAGACUCGGACGAGGAACUCGCCCGUCACGUCACUCACGUUCACAUGCACAACGCGCAUCCCGAAGCUCCCGGCGGGGUGGUCUUCACCCCUGCAGAAGUACGACAAUGGGUCGCUCGCGCGCGGUCCUUCCGACCCACGGUGCCCAAGGAAGUCUCGGACUACAUGGUCGGAGCCUAUGUCCGCAUGCGCCAGCAGCAGAAGCGGGACGAGAGCUCCAAGAAGGCCUUCACGCACACGUCGCCCCGCACCCUGCUCGGUGUCCUGCGUCUUUCGCAAGCAUUGGCGCGUCUACGGUUCGCGGAGGAAGUCAUCAGCGAGGAUGUAGACGAGGCGUUGAGGCUCGUGGAAGUGAGCAAGGCGAGUUUGUACGCCGAUGAGAAUCGCAGGGACGAUCACACGCCUAGCAGCAAGAUUUACCAUCUCAUUAAGGGGAUGGAGGCGAGUGGGGCUGCGGCUGUUGGGGAUGGUUCGAGGGGGGAAUUGGAUUUGAGGAGGGUGAGGGAGAGGGUGCUGGCGAAGGGUUUUACGGCAGACCAGUUUGAGCAGGCGAUUGAGGAGUAUGCGCUGUUGGACGUCUGGCAGACUACAGGCGAAGGAACGCGAUUGGUUUUCAUCGAGGCAGGGAAUGACGAGGACAUGGAUGAUGACGAGUAUUCCUGAGCGGAUGCGAUUGUUCGAUUCCCAUCGCGGGAUGGGUGGAUGUAGCCCGGCG